GUGAGACUGCGCUACAGAGAGUGAGAGUGAGCGUGAGAGAGAGAUGAAGAACGGAAGAGUUGGAGAGAAGGGGUGGAAUUUCGAGGCCAACGAUGUGCUGGCGAACGCAGCGAAGGUUACCAUUAGAGGAACGCUGGAGACGAUCAUGAGCAAUAUCGACUGUGGAGAAACGAGGUCCACCAUCUCUCUUUGCCUCGGCGAUCCCUCCGUCUACCCUUGCUUCCACACCACUCCCAUCGCCGAAGAUGCUGUCGUCUCCGCCCUCCGUUCCUCUCAGUACAAUGGCUAUGCUCCGGUUGGUGGCGUUCUUUCAGCCAGAAGGGCGAUUGCUGAGUAUCUCUCUCAUGAUCUUCCAUACAAGCUUUCACCCGACGAUGUUUUUGUCACAGUUGGUUGCGGUCAAUCGACUCAUAUAGCAUUAUCAGUCCUUGCUCGCCCUGGUGCAAAUAUCUUGCUCCCUAGGCCAGGAUAUUCAUAUUAUGAGGCACGUGCAGCUUUCAGUGGAGUCGAGGUUCGGCAUUUCAAUCUCAUUCCAGAGAGGAAUUGGGAGGUCGAUCUUGAUGUUGUUGAAUCCUUGGCAGAUGAGAAAACCAUCGCGAUGGUACUCAUAAACCCUGGAAAUCCUUGUGGGAAUGUCUUCACUUACCAGCACUUGGCAAAGGUUGCUGAGACUGCAAAGAAGCUGGGAAUUCUCAUUAUUGCUGAUGAAGUUUAUGGCUAUUUGACAUUUGGGAGCAACCCAUUUGUGCCAAUGGGAGUGUUUGGAUCGGUUGUUCCAGUUCUAACGCUUGGGUCAAUAUCCAAGAGAUGGAUAGUGCCCGGUUGGAGAUGUGGUUGGCUUGUAACAAGCGACCCUAAUGGCAUCUUAAAAGAAACUAAAAUUGUCGAUGGCAUUAAGAACUACCUCACCAUCUCUUCUAAUCCUGUUACCUUUGUUCAGGGCGCAAUUCCUCAAAUCCUUGGGAGUACAGGAGAGGAUUUCUUUAACAAGACCAUUGAUAUUCUAAGGCAAGCGGCAGAUAUUUGUGUCGAGAGAAUAAAGGAGAUUGAUUGUAUUACUUGCCCAUGCAAACCAGAGGGAUCCAUGUCUUUUAUGGUGAAGCUGGAUGUGUCACGUCUGGUAGACAUUUUGGAUGAUGUGGACUUCUGCUGCAAGCUGGCCAAAGAGGAAUCGGUGCUCAUUAUUCCAGGAAGCUCAGUGAGAUUUAAGAAUUGGCUCCGCAUCACUUUCGCCGUUGAGCCAUCUUCUCUUGAAGAUGGUCUUCAGAGACUGAAAUCCUUCUGCCAGAGGCAUGCCAAGAAAUAAUAAGCAAAAUACAAUUGGUGGAAUGGUACUUUCGCUGUUGAGCCAUCUUCUCUUGAAGACGGUCUACAAAGACUCGAAUCCUUCUGCCAGAGGCAUGCGAAGAAAUAAUAAGCAAAAAACAACUGGUGGGGAUUGGCAAUAGCUCAUUGUCUUUCUUUCUUCAGUGUUGUUGCAUUAGUGUAGAAUGCUGUUGGGCUAUAGAGGGAUAAUGUGUUAUCUGUUUGUGUUUGUGUUGAUGAGCUUAUACUAUAUCUAUCAAUUAGUUGCUUGUGGGGCCCA